AUGGUUAGCAUCAAGAAACGUCAUUUGAAGAAGUUUGUAAAUGCAAGCCUAAAAUCUGCUGGAAGAGUUCUGAUUCUAACAACAAACUGGAUGAUGAAUUCCCUAAGGAAACUGGUUUCAUGUGUGAUCCUUGACUUGGAUGGAACUCUUGUAAAUACAGAUGGCAUUAUGAGUGAAGUUUUGAAAGUUUAUUUGGUGAAGUAUGAGAAGAAAUGGGAUGGUAGAGAGGCUCAUAAGAUUAUAGGGAAAACACCUAUAGAAGCUGCAACACCUAUAGAAGCUGCAGCUGCUAUUGUGGAGGAUUAUGAGCUUCCUUUAUCCAAAGAAGUCCUGCUAUCAGAAAUUUCUCCAAUGUUCUCUGAUCAAUGGUGCAAACUUAAAGCACUAUCAGGUUCAUAUCGUUUGGUUAAACAUUUAAGGGGACAUGGAGUGAAAAUGGCGUUGGCUUCUAACUCUCCACGAGCUAGCAUUGAAACAAAGAUAACCUAUCAUGAUACUUGGAAAGAAUCAUUUGCAGCAAUUGUUGUUGGUGAUGAAGUGAAAGCAGGAAAACCAUCUCCUGAAAUAUUCUUGGAAGCAAGUAAGAGGCUAAACAUUGAUCCUUCUAAAUGUCUUGUCAUUGAAGAUUCGCUCUGCUAA